AUGGGCGGCACUCGCGCUGAGAAGGAGGUCUGGUUCACCAAGCUCCGUGACCUCAUGGACAAGUACCCCUCGCUCUUCAUCGUCAACAUUGACAACGUCUCGUCGCAGCAGUGCCACAUGAUCCGUCAGUCGCUCCGCGGCAAGGGUGUGGUCCUCAUGGGCAAGAACACCAUGGUUCGCCGUGCUCUCCGCACCGUCCUCGCCGAGUUCCCCCAGUACGAGAAGGUCCUCCCCUUCGUCAAGGGCAACGUUGGCUUCGUCUUCACCGACGGCGACCUCAAGGAGAUCCGUGAGCUCAUCGUCUCGAACCGUGUCGCCGCUCCCGCCCGUGCCGGUGCCAUCGCCCCCGUCGAUGUCUACGUCCCCGCCGGCAACACCGGCAUGGAGCCCGGUAAGACCUCGUUCUUCCAGGCUCUCGGUAUCCCGACCAAGAUUGCCCGUGGUACCAUUGAGAUUGUCUCGGACGUUCAGGUCGUCCAGGCUGGCAGCAAGGUCGGAACUUCGGAGGCCACCCUUCUUAACAUGCUCAACGUCUCGCCGUUCACCUACGGUAUGGUCGUGAUCCAGAUCUACGACGACGGCGCUGUCUUCGCCCCCGAGAUCCUCGACAUUGAGGAGUCGUACCUCCUCGACCUCUUCACCUCGGGUGUCAAGACCAUUGCCGCGCUCUCGCUCGCCUCCGGCAUCCCCACCAUUGCCUCGAUCAUGCACUCGGUCGUCAACUCGUACAAGAACCUUCUUGCGAUUGCCAUUGCCACCGACGUCGACUUCGAGAUGGCCGACAAGGUCAAGGAGUACCUCGCCAACCCCGAGGCGUUCGCUGCCGCCGCCGGCCCCGCCGCUACCGGUGGCGACGCCCCGGCUGCCGCCGCCGAGGAGAAGGCCGCCGAGCCCGAGGACGAGUCGGACGACGACAUGGGCUUCGGUCUCUUCGACUAA